CUUCUCCUAACCAUCAUCGCCAAAUUCUUUUCUCUGUACUACGGCUUGCUUUCGACACCAGGCGUACUCAUGCUUCGAGUACAUCAUUUACGGUGCAAUACUGUCUAAUCGCUACGCAUGUUUUCGUGAUGUGGCUAGAUUUAUUUUGAUGAACUACCUCUCCAGGUUAUCGACCAUUUAGCUCUCGCCAAAAGAUCCGUUUUCAUUCUCCGACUACAAAAAUCACCCCCUGUGCGGUGUGUGAUGUUACGAUUGGAGACUGGUGGUAUUUACUGCCGCUUCUCACUCUUCUUGACGCGUAAUACACAUUCAACAUCUUUAUUGCGACUUGGGUCGGAUUUACUCACAUUUACAGAAGGGCUUAAAGGAUCUCUUUAAUAUCAACCAGCCACCCAUCCUAAGCCCGCCCGUGAUAUAAUAUAUCCCAUCUCUUUGUAUACCAGCGACUACGAACAUCUUCUCAAUAUGUCAUCGAAUUACCCCCCUACCCCUUCGUUCGGUGGUCACUAUAACCCCUCUCAACAAUGGCCUCGAGAUCCUCCCUCGUCAGCGCUAGGUGAGGGUUCUGAUGCCUACCACCCACCACCUCAAUCCUACUCGACCAACAACCCUAGCUUUAAGUCAAGCACUCAGAUUCCAGGUUUUUCGGGUAAUAAUAACUUGCCCAUACCUUUUGCGCCACCUUUUCCCUUCGUGCCACCUUUUCCUCCUUCCGUGGGCUUUCCCCAGCAGGCCAUCGCGUCUCAACCCCAACAAAAUGGUUUAGCUGAAAACUUACCUCCAACCCUCACGGGUGCUACAAUAAAAGAAAAUGAUACGGCCGCUACGGCCGAAGGUUCGGACCCAAUGGAAUCGCCGGAAUCCACGAAUUUUGGUGACAGAGAGGAAGGUGAGCUAAGCAAUGGGGAGAUAGGAGCAGAGGAACCAGAGUCAUAUGGGUACAAAGACCAUCAACCGAAAGAGGACAUUGCUGGGCCAUAUCUACAGCCACAUCGGCCAAAUGAAAAACCGAAGCGGUAUAGUGACGUUGGUGCUCAGGGACAACCUUCUUUUUCUCAUUCAUCCAGCACGCGUCAGCAACCUCCUGAAGGCCCCCGAAAUUCGAACAAGCUAGGAAAGCAUCAAUUUCCCCAGCCAAAUAAGACUUCCGCUGGGUUCUCUGGCCAGGAUAUGAGACCGGCCGAUUUAGAUACUGGCACAUCUGCUGUCCAUGGGGAAAGUGCUCAGGAUAAAUUAGGCUCUCGGGGCCACCACACAGUCCCGAUGGAAGACGCGAGAAGCCCUCGCGAAUCAUUGCCUGUCUCUUCCGUCCAGUCACCCGCUUCCUGUGAUAAAAUAGACAUAACUACUAAUGGAAGCCGGACAUACCCCUUAUAUGGCAAGUCCCCAGCGCAACUACGAGUCCAGGCACAGGGGGCAUUACUAGGUUUAGCUCCCCACAAUAUCAAAUUUGAUGAACUUGUAAACGAAGGCAUCGAUCCAGUUAUUCUCAAACGGCUUUACGAUGAGAUUGGACUCAAAAUUACGUCCACCCGAAACAAACAGCACGCCACCACUAAUCAGUCAAAAGAAGAGAAGCCCAUGUCAGCUGCAAAGCCGCUGGUCGUUCCCGAUUCCGACGCUGAAGCUGCUAUGACGCCUGUCUCGCGUUCAGCUCCCGAUGCGCUGGUCAAAGGCCCAAACAGUGAAGUUGUUCCAGAGGCACCCAGGAUACCGAACCACCAGCCGACACAAGGAAUAUCAAAUACGUUCACUACAGACUCAAGCAGGCCUAUGGAGCGCAAGGAUAUAAUUGCCCGAAUGCUUGCAAAUAAGGCCGCAAAGCCUCCGAGUACUACAGAGUCUUCCAAGUCUGAAGACCCAAAGAAGUCAAUACCACUGCAAAAAUCGCCCUCAGUCCCUGCUAACGAUAUUCCUUCCACCGCAAGAAUGCCAACCUCACAGUCGCCACCCCAGGUUACCAGCGAGACUCGGGCGAAGGAGAAGAAUAAGGCCCAGACGGAGUUGGCUAGGCAACGAAUGGAACAAUUGAAAAAACAAGGAAUUGGAAGAAGCCAAACCCGGUCAGCUGUUGAAGCUCCGGCUGUUGCCCAACGACUUCCGGCCAGUAACAGCCUGACUCUUAGCUCGCAAAAUUCCACGUCCCCAUCUCAGUCCUCCCAACCUCUACCAUCCCUAAGCCAUCCGUUGCCUAGCCGCCCACCUGCGCCCGAGCCACCGUCAAACGCUCGCAUCCCUGGAUUGUUCAUGACUAGUUCUGAACCUACUAAAACCCAAGAAGUCUCUAUUAAUAGUAAUAACUCCAUCCCAUCAGCGGAGCCAUCAUCGAUAAAGAUACGAGCUCCCCGAAAACGACCAAGGGCGUCCGACUUCACUGAUGAGCCGAGCCCCGCACUCCAGAAAACUCAAUUUGCACAAGAAAAGAGUGUCUCAAGCACCCAACAUAAGGUGAUUAUUGACAUAAGUGAGGAUGAAUUCAUGUAUGGUUCGGAUAAUGAUACUACUGAGCCAAAGGGCCCCGGAGCCGAAUCCCCUUUCGUCGGAUCGGGUAGGACUUCGACAUCGAAUCAACUACUAACCCGAGAUCUUCCUCCCCUAUCCGACUUCCCUUCACGGAACUACUCCCAUCGUUCCACUCCGGCAGUAUCGACACCACAGCCGCGCAACCGAGGGAAGGGUCCAGACGAUCUAAACGCGGAGCUCCAGGCCAUGCGCCAGAGAAUAGCAGAGUAUGAGCAGCGCAAGAAAGCAAAACAAUCUGCAAGUCGAGUAGAGUCACCGGGAGCCUUAGCGCACUCGGCUACAACCUCAGCCGACGAGAACAGUUCCGCUGCUCCAGAAGCUCAAUGCAAGCCGACGAUAGAAACUGAACUCGCUGUGCCACCCUCGAGCCAACCCGAGAAUUCACAGGCUCAUUCCACCAGUCCGGAGAAGGUAGUGAAUUCGGGAAUCCAAGCAACCCUAAAUUCUGAUGGUGCCCUUCGUAGCCAGUCAGUUCUACCGCAGGGCUCGCUUGACCCCACGCAUAUUGAAUCGAUACGGAAGAAGUUCAUGCGCAAAAGAGAAAUAGAAUCCGGGCUUCCCGUACUUGAUGCUGAAUUACAAAGAUCCGAAGCGCGGUUGCGGCAGUUUCGUGAGGAAGAACAAAGGUUACUGGCCGAAAUCGAGAAGGGAAAAGCCGGAAAACGUCUUCUCAUUGAAGAACUAGAAUCCCUCGGGAUUGAAACCGCUGGGCAAUCUAUUGAGGAACUCCAAGCCACUAAGGACCGCCUGGAAGAAGCAGAUGAGGAUGAAGAUAUGUGUGAUGAUCAAGCCCAACAACCCACCUCAAAGGAAACUACUGCUGAGAUUGCAUUAAACAAUCAAGAAUCAGCUCUCAGUGGUGUGGUUCAAGACCGUGGCUCCACAUCAUCAAUCCAACCGUCGGCUAGGGAGCAGAUGGCGGCCCCGCGUUUUGAGACCGUCCCAAAGACAUCCCAAGAAGCGAUAGAUAUGAGAAUGUCUCCCCCCAAGGAAACUAGCGUUCUUUCCCAAGCUGACAUUGCAGAUGAUGGGACGACAUGCUCUAGCUCCGCCAUGGACGAGUCGAUGGGAAGCACACAAGAUAUGUUGGACCUAGAAGAAGAGACACAAGACCCCGAGGCACUGGAAGAGCGAGCCCCAUCUCGAUCUGAAUCCGUUGCAAAAUCAAAAAUCACUGAUAUGGGCGAGCGAUCGUCUCAAGCGAGCGUUUCUCCUGAGCCUUUGCACACUGGUUUGGAGAAUAAACCAGCUCCUCCCGUGGUUAAACCUGAUAACUCUGGAGCUUCAAUGAGUUACCAGGGAUCUUCAUCUGGAUCGGAUGGAUACGAACCUCCCGAACCGGAUCCUGCUCCAGAGCAACCCGGUCUCGUUCAAACUUCGCCCUGCCUUGUUUUACCAGAUGAAGUAGAGGCGCUGUGACUGACCUCGGUCCGGAUUCUCCCAAGGCCAAAGAGGAUGCAGAGCGUGCCCAUCGCUAUUUUACCCCUUACAGGAGUCCGUUAAGGUUAUUUAAGGCGUACCGAUAUCACCCUCGCUUCACUGAAGAUGUUAGUGGUGGCUAUCGCUCGUUAACUUACAGCCAUAACAUCGAUCCUCAUAAUUACGUAUGUCCAUACGAGGCCGCAGGCGGAUUUUGUAACGACCAUUCGUGCGAAUAUCAGCACUUUCGACAUAUGACCUUGAGUGAUGACAGAAUACUUGUUGAAAUGAGCUCCCUCAGAGAAGGAAAGACUCCUGAAGAACGGGACGAGUACGUUGCCGGAUUAAAACAGACCAUCAGCGAUAUGCGACGCGAUAAGGUGAAAGAUCUCAACACUAUUGCGACGGAAGUUACCGGUUACCGUAGACGGUUUCUACGUGACCCUUCCCGAGUUCUAGCCUUGUAGACUGGUUUACGAUCAUCUGGUUUUAUACAUGAACACCAUUACAACAACCAUACGACUUUAUAUUCAUUUGCAGGCCGAUUUUUCUGCCGCUCCUCCUUUAUAACAGGUGAGAUGGUUGUGCGAGAUCCCAUAAUUUUCGAUGGGAGGCAAUCAAUUUCCCAGAGACAAAAAAAUGAUGGGUGGAUAUGAAAUCCCAGACAUAUAUUCCCUACCUAUACCCUUGGAUUACUAGCUGUUUCGCACAGCACUUUUCUCUAUUCCUUUCUCCAACGAAAUAUUUCAGCAACCUUGCCAGUACCACAUUCUUCUCUCUCUUAUGUUCUUCCUCUCUCUUGAGGGAUGACGCUUUUAUAGGCAUUCCGCAUUUCAGCGUGGCUGGCUCGGCUUUUAUCUUUGUUACAGCAAAAUACUAAGACUUCUAGUCUACAAGGCUUGAAAUUUUCUUCUCCUUUCCUUCCCCGUUAAGAUCUUGCAUCUACAGGUUUUAUUCCACUUUAUUUACGUCAUUGUUUCUGCUGGUUAAGUGAAAAAGGGAGAAAAAAGGAGAAACGGCAGGGGGAAAAGGAAGAAGACAAAAUGGCGCGUACCUAGUGGGAGUUCAGAGUUCGCCGAACCCAAUCGUAGAAAGCGAUGGGUACCAAGGGGGUGAGAAAGGGGCCAGCACGAAUGAGCGGGUACCAUGGCGGGAUACAGUGCUACACACUACCCACAGGUUGCCAAUAUGGCUUCGAUGACAGCACCACCACUACGCCCACGCCCAAUAUUGGGCGGUUACAUAUUUGGAGCUGAACGACAGAGGCUGUUGUUCUCCGUUUAUUCGGGAACAGGACGCCCUUGGAUGAAAAUGCCAGCAGCCGCACUAAAAACGACAACAUGGAAGGGAGAAGCAAGGACGGUGGGAGGCAUGAAAUGUUUAUAACUAUUCAGCAAUAGAUUCAGAUAUCCAAUCAUUUAACAAUAUGAUCAUUACAUACUCUGUACCUCUUCGAUUUAUUCCUCAAAAGCGGAGCAAACACAGACCAGUACAGGAUUGUAUAUUUCCUGUAGACGUGAGUUGGUUGUUGGAUUGGAAUGGUCGCCUCUUUUCCGCGUUUUUAGUUUGGUUAUUCUACAACCAUCAUUCCUAAUGUGACAUUUUCACUUUCUUAACUUGACGCAUAUAUCCCACGGCUAUAUAAAUGAGAAAUUGCCUUUGCCUACAGCAUUAAUAAUGAUAAAUUAACAAAUUCGACGCCAAAAGGGUUGGUGUUUGUAUUUAUUAUUUUUGCUGUCUAGUUUAGCGUAACUACAACUCUGCUGAUAAAAAUAUACUUGGGUGGAAUACAAGAGAAGCUAUUGCAAGUUGUAACUGUUUUGUGACCAAAUCUAUACAUGAGAAACUAUUCAAAGCAAUUUUUAUUUCUAUCUUUCUUUUUAACGCAAGAAAGAUAUAAAAAUAAAGGAAACAAUCGAUCGAUUGUGUCAGGGACACAUGAACGGAAAAUGAGUUUAAGACUCGAUGCACAGCUUUGUCAUUAGCGGAGUGACUCACGCCCAAGGCCGCUAAAACAUAUAUCAAGAGUUCAAGAGUGAAUGACUGUGAUGUAACUCCCUCCCAUUAGUCAACUGGUCUGUUUCACGUAUGAUUGAUUUACUGUGGACCCUAGCUUCACUUGCCUUCCGCAUUAUCAAAAUCCCGGAGAAUCUCACAGGAUCAUUGGUCAGUUAGUUCUUGAACCAAGCCGUAUUUCCCCAUAUAUUUUUUGGUUAUGCAAAGAAUGCUGAGUCAAAACUAGACCCCAAGGCGUUUUCCUUGAGGCAGAUCUGAGCCGAAGCCCAUCAAGUGUCCCGGUAUGGAAGGUGGAUAUAAGUUUGGUGGAUGAAUGAGAAUUUACGCCGGUUUACCUUUUUGUCGUGACGGGGAGGCCGAUGGGAAGGUAGUAUGACACAUCCGGCGCCCGCUUUUUACGAGUUUACCGAGCUCCGGACAGAUUGUAUAGCUCGGAGACUAUAUACGGUACAACAAGGGCUUGUUUGGCUGAGCGUUAGAGUAAGGACAUGACAUUUCCCGGUGGCAUCUAGGAGGCUGCGACUCGAGAGACUUCACCGGUGGGGAGCGACCAGUUUGAAAGUGAGGUGUGGACUUUAAUCAGGCAAGGGGCGGUUUUCUUUUUGCAGGCGAGCAGACGCCAGAUUUUUAAUUGCCUGACAUGAUCGUUCGUGCACAACCUGCCAGGAUUUGCGGUGAAAAAAUAAUAAGAAAAGCCCUCUACUUGCCCGUCGGUUCGUUUCUUUUCUCUUUUUGCACGUGCUGAUGGUGCGAAGUUAGGGCUGUGAUUGGGAUUGGUGGUUAGAAUGAUAUGUGGCGGUGCAAAACCUGAGGCUAACCAGCUCGGAGGCUGGCAUGUUUAUAGUCUCCCUUUACGAGCCGUAUGUAAUAAUACUGCCUUUGGGCGCACUAAAUACAUUGCCGUCAGCUUUUCAUUUAUUGGGGGCUUUGAAGUUCUUCUGAUGCUGUGACCGAUGUUGCGGCCGGUGUUGUGAUUUGGUGAAACUUGCCGUUCGUACUGCUGCGCCUCAUCCAGUAACCGUCAACAGGAUGUGCAUGCCACAGUCCUCCAAGCAGGCUAAUGGUUGAAGAGGUAGAAUUGGAAGCCAAGCAGUACCUGCUGCCCAAUGGGAAAGAUAUCGGCUCCUUUGAUAUCGAUUGGUUGGGCUAGGUGGUACUGUGCUUGGGCAACCGGUACGGAACAGAGAAACAUAAGGUCCGCCAAACAGACCGGAUUUCGAGGAGCAUGACUGGGGCAAUGAAUCUUACGCCUGACCAAUAACUCGUCAUAACCCGCAAUGCAGCGGAAUUUAUUCCCUGUCGUCACUGGAGAGGGUAUGAUAUCAGUGAACAAGGACCUGAGGAAUCGCAGUUCUCCGCCAUUGGCGAAUGAGGGAGAUGCGGGGUACUAGGGGCUGUGAGGAACCAUCUAUCUGUGGAGAGGCAUUUCCUUGGUAUGGCCUGGGAGUGAGAGACAAGGAAAGAUAACAGGGCAAAUGGAGUCUUCGUCGGGCACCGGUCUGAUCUCCGCGGGAAGGCUUCUAGAAGCCUGAUGGAAGGGGGUUCAUGGAUUUGAAUCCCCUGGCUGGCGGGUCACGGCACGUCAGAAAGACGCACAGCUGACCACGAUACGGGUCUUCGUCUGCUUUAAAUCCUUGGCACUGAAUAAUUCCACCCAAAGAUUGGUUUCUGGGAUCGCAAGCUUGAUCACACUCCGGAUCGAUCGAGUGCAUUGAUCCCUGAAAAAGCCGCUACUCCCGCGCUAGAAGGCCGCUAAAGCCUUCUAGAAAAUGUCCCGUGAUCAUGGCAUCAACAAUCCCUACAUUAAACGUCAGUAGCGUCAAAAUAUGCGGGGGCGAUGGGGCGGGAGAUCGCGUUGGUGAGAAGUAAGGCCCUUGUUUCUCGCGCGGCUGAUGGGAGGAGUAUGAUGAGACUUACUAUGAGCGGUUUUCUGAGAAGCCUCAUUCCGUCGAACUUCUCACCCCUUGUCCCUGAUAACUAAUCAGAAGGCUAAGCAGAAUAAGGCGCGAUCGUUAACCAUCUUUCGCCAAUUACAUACGAGCCAUUUCUGAAUAAUUAUCAGGCCUGGUGGCUAGUCCACUCUUCCGCCAGGCUAAUCUGUGGUCAUAUUGGAACGGUUCGCGCAGGUGACCUGCGGCCUGCCAGCGGAAUUCCCAUGUUGUUGUCUUUUUACACUUUUUUCAGCUUUUUUGGCGUUAACAUAGCGAUCCUUCGUACGGAUACCCCAGUGGUUCCCAGGUUCUAACAUAUGAUUCCGGUAUAGGCCUUUCUGGAAAUCAGGUUCGCUAGCAUCAAUGAUGUUCAUCUCUUCGCGUGCGCCAUGCAGGGCGACCAGUGGGAAGCAAGCAUAAGAAGGUCAGCUUACAAAAUCUGUGCCCAACCAGUUACCGGGGCCAGGCCGCUAUUCUGCCGUUCCUUGGCCGUUCGCCGUUUGAUCGCGGAGCGGAAGAGAGUCGCCAAGACUAAAGCAAUCUCAGGGAUAGGGCUUGCGUGGUCACGGGGUGCAGCCUGACCCUAAUCGAACCAAGCCCGGCGGGGUUUUAAGCCGCAUUCCCAAACAGGCUAGCUCUGGGGCCCCGGCAUUACAAGCACCGCAACGUCCAAACACUUCGACUUCCUGAGACCAGCAGACUCGAAAACAUGCCAACCAAAUGAGAAACGCAGGUACUAUCUCAGCAGAGAAAUGUCUUACAGGUAGCCUUGCUCUUAAAAACGCCAGGUAAUUUAAAAAUUCAUUUGUCUAUCAAUAAAACACGGCGUUCAUGGGAGGAACAGUUGGAGAAAAACAAAAUAAAAAGCAAGUGAAACCCGUUAAACUGUCAGCCAAUCCACGCAGGUCAUUCCUCUUCAAAAUCUCAGACAUCUGCACACCACCGUAGUCCCGUACCUUUUUCUUUUUCCUUCAGGUGUCAUCCCAGGGAAAAGGUACCCGAUACCCUUCCGUCCUUCCCACUGGCUGCCACAGCUGAGGCGCACCCGCAGUUAAAAAUACGAGCUCUUCAGCCCAAGGGAGGGAAGUGAACAUUUUCAGCUCGUCUCAGCGGUAAUGUGGUUGCGGGGGUACCGUCUCUCCAUUUGCAGAACUCUUUCAGACGGAUAGUUCGAUUUCUGCUGCUGGUUGCGUAUCCUGGGUUCCCAUUGGCAAACUGUCCCUGGGUAUUUUUAUUUGUUCCUUUUGGUUGGUCAACUGGUUCAGGGGUUGUCUGCAGGAGUUGAGGGGAAGCUGAUAACCGUAGCAUAAUCAACCCGGAACGUGAACAGGCAAAUAAUAAAUUGAGCCAAUUUAUUUUGGUCUCAAGUUAACAUCAAAAUGAUUUUGGGGGAAGUCAGAGGAGAGUUUUGGAUAUCAGUGCUAGGCAAACAGUGAUAUCAUUGAGGGCUCAGAGGCAGGCAGCGGCUAAGCCAAUGGUGUCGUCUGAACGGCCUUGCCCUCCAGGCAGCGAGGAAGAGCUAAACCGCGAACACAAAUAUAUUUCUUCUUUUUUUAGUUUUUUUCUCUCGAAGGGAUGAUUCUUUUCGAGGCGAGGUUCGGGAGGGAAAUCACUUGGACAUACCAGAAGGCCCAUAUUAUUGUUUUGGGAUGUGGUUUCUUUAGCCGUGGUCUGUUCCCUCACGUUUAACUCUGAUGACUAGGCUCAAGGUCCACCGGACAUGGAUAAGCCGCUAACUUAACGGGGCUAGGCUAGCCUACAAGGCAUUCUGGGGCUGACUCCUGCCUAAAUAUAAAGGCAGAAGAAGACUUGAGUAAUUUCUUAACUGCAAAACCGCUUCAAUUGAUGCCUCCAGAGUGAAAGCUCCGAUGCCAAUGAUCUAAAAUACAAAACCCGAAAAAUAAAGCUCAAAAGUAAUCUCUGAAAAGUCCCGGCCGCAAAUGCAACCCUACCCUAUGCGGCUAAACAGCGACAUUAAAAAAGCAAAAUGCAAACAUUGAAAGAACAACACUGCAGUUGAAUAGAAAAAUGAAUAACAAACAGCAUACAAUAAAAGAACAACAAAAACAGAAAUCCAGUCAUUAUACAUAUCCAAAAUACAAAAUACAAAUCGCAUGCUCAAGCGCUAAAUAUAACAAAAAUCGCUGGACAUGCCCGCUAAAAUGCAAACAAAUCGAAAGGUAUGUCGGGCCUGCCAAC